GCUGGGAGUCAAGAGAUGCUACCGAAUAGUGAAUGCCCCAUAAAAAUUAAUGGAGUGAGUAGCUCAACACUGGCUCACUUCGCUUCCUCCUUUUUUCCUUUCAGAAAGAAAGAACUCUCAGCCACCAAGAAAGACCGUGUGAAUCACUGUCUGACCAUAUGUGAAAACAUAGUGGCGCAGUCGCUCAGAAAUUCUCCUGAGUUUCAGAAACUCCUGGGCAUCGCGAUGGAACUUUUUCUGCUGUGCAGCGAUGACGCUGAGUCCGACGUCAGGAUGGUGGCUGACGAAUGCCUCAACAAGGUCAUAAAGGCUUUGAUGGAUUCUAAUCUCCCAAGGUUACAGUUAGAACUCUACAAGGAAAUUAAAAAGAAUGGAGCCCCUCGGAGCCUGCGCGCUGCCCUGUGGAGGUUCGCUGAGCUGGCUCACCUGGUUCGCCCUCAGAAAUGCAGGCCUUACUUGGUGAACCUUCUGCCUUGCCUGACCCGAACGAGCAAGAGGCCCGAGGAGUCUGUUCAGGAGACCUUGGCUGCAGCUGUACCUAAAAUUAUGGCUUCUUUUGGCAAUUUUGCAAACGACAAUGAAAUUAAGGUUCUGCUCAAGGCUUUCAUAGCGAAUCUGAAGUCCAGCUCCCCUACCGUGCGGCGCACGGCGGCCAGCUCUGCGGUCAGCAUCUGUCAGCACUCCCGGAGGACGCAGUACUUCUACAGCUGGCUGCUGAGCGUGCUCCUAGGCUUGCUCGUUCCUGUUGCGGAGGAGCCCCCCACCCUCCUGACUCUCGGGGUUCUGCUCACACUGAGGUGCUUGGUGCCCUUGCUGCAGCAGCAGGUCAAGGACACGAGCCUCAAAGGCAGCUUUGGGGUGACCCGGAAAGAAAUGGAAGUCUCCCCGUCGGCGGAGCAGCUUGGCCAGGUUUACGAGCUGACCUUGCAUUACACGCAGCACCAAGACCACAACGUUGUGACGAGCGCACUGGAACUCCUGCAGCAGCUCCUCCGAACCCCGCCGCCCGAGCUCCUGCAGGCGCUGACCUCGGCGGGCGGCCUUGGGCAGCUCACCGCCGCCAAGGACGAGCCCAGCUGUCGGAGCCGCAGUGGGAGCAUCGUGGAGCUUCUGGCUGGAGGGGGUUCCUCAUGCAGCCCUGUCCUUUCAAGAAAACAAAAAGGGAAGGUGCUCUUUGGAGAAGCAGCGGCCCUGGAAGACGACUCUGAGUCUCGGUCGGAUGGCAGCAGCCCUGCCUUCACAGCCUCAGUCAAGGAUGAGCUCAGCGGAGAGCUGGCUGCCUCUUCUGGGGUUUCCACUCCCGGCUCGGCCGGCUCGGCCGCCGACCCCGGGGGCCACGACAUCAUCACUGAGCAGCCCCGCUCACAGCACACCCUGCAGCCGGACUCAACGGACCUGACGGGCUGCGACCUGGCGAGCACUGCCACCGACGGCGACGAGGAGGAUAUCUUGAGCCGCAGCUCCAGCCAGAUGAGCGCCGUUCCAUCCGACCCUGCCAUGGACCAGAACGACGGGACCCAGGCCUCCUCACCUGUCAGUGACAGCUCCCAGACCACCACCGAAGGGCCCGACUCCGCCGUGACCCCUUCAGACAGCUCUGAGAUUGUGUUAGAUGGUGCCGACGGCCAGUGUGUGGGGAUACAGGCGGGGCAGUCGCAGGACCAGGACGAGGACGAGGACAUGGCAGGUGCCCUUCCUGAUGAGGACUCUUCCAGGAGCUCUUCUGCUGCCCUGCGUCCAGCGCGUCUACUGAGAAGCCCGGGCCACAGCAGGCAGCCCUCCGACAGCAGCACAGAUAAGGUCGCCUCGAGGGACGGAGAUCAAGAAAGCAAGCCGUGCCGCAUCAGAGGGGACAUAGGCCAGUCCACUGAUGACGAGUCUGCUCCUCUUGUCCACUGUGUCCGCCUUUUAUCUGCUUCGUUUUUGCUAACAGGGGAAAAAAAUGCCUUGGCUCCAGACAGGGACGUGAGGGUCAGCGUGAAGGCGCUGGCGCUCAGCUGUGUUGGAGCCGCUGUGGCCCUUCACCCCGAGUCUUUCUUCAGCAAACUGUAUAAAUCCCCUCUGGACACCGUGGAAUACCCUGACGAGCAGUACGUGUCAGACGUGUUGAACUACAUCGACCACGGAGACCCACAGGUCAGAGGAGCCACAGCCAUUCUCUGUGGGACCCUCGUCUCCUCCAUCCUCAGCAGGUCACGCUUCCAUGCGGGAGACUGGAUGGGCACCGUUCGGACUCUGACGGGAAACACAUUUUCUCUGGCGGACUGCAUUCCUUUGCUGCAGAAAACUUUGAAGGAUGAAUCUUCUGUUACUUGCAAGUUGGCUUGCACAGCUGUAAGGCUCUGCGUUGCUGCUCUCUGCGGCAGCAGCUACAGCCGGUGGGGCCUGCAGCUCAUCACCGACCUGCUCGCCCUGAGGAGCAGCUCCUACUGGCUGGUGAGGACUGAGCUCCUGGAGACCCUCGCCGAGAUCGACUUCAGGUUGGUGAGCUUUUUGGAGGCAAAAGCAGACAGCCUACACAGAGGGGCUCACCAUUACACCGGGUUUCUCAAACUGCAGGAGCGAGUGCUCAAUAACGUCGUCAUCCACUUGCUCGGGGAUGAAGACCCCAGGGUGCGACAUGUCGCCGCGGCUUCUUUGACGAGGCUUGUCCCAAAGCUGUUCUACACGUGUGACCAAGGACAGGCUGACCCGGUGGUGGCCGUGGCGAGGGAGCAAAGCAGCGUUGACCUGAAGCUUCUCAUGCACGAGGUGCAGCCUCCGUCCCACUUCUCCGUCAGCACCGUGACCAGAAUAUAUAGAGGCUAUAACUUACUACCAAGCAUAACAGAUGUCACUUUGGAAAAUAACCUUUCGAGAGUUAUCGCAGCGGUGUCUCACGAGCUAGUCACAUCGACCACGAGAGCGCUCACAUUUGGAUGCUGCGAAGCUCUGUGUCUUCUCUCCGCCGCCUUCCCAGUGUGCGUUUGGAGCCUAGGCUGGCACUGCGGUUGGACCUUGCGAAUGUCUGCCCCUAGAGUGCCCCCGCUGAGCGCCUCCGACGAGUCUAGGAAGAGCUGCACUGUCGGGAUGGUCACCGUGAUCCUUACCCUGCUCUCGUCAGCCUGGUUCCCGCUGGACCUCUCGGCGCAUCAGGAUGCUUUGAUUUUGGCCGGGAACCUGCUUGCAGCCAGUGCCCCCAAGUCUCUGAGAAGUUCGUGGACCUCUGAAGAAGAGGCCAGCCCCGCAGCCACCAAGCAGGAGGAGGCCUGGCCGGCUCUGGGUGACCGGGCCCUGGUGCCCGUGGUGGAGCAGCUCUUCUCCCACCUGCUGAAGGUGCUUAAUAUCUGUGCGCACGUCCUGGACGAUGUGGCUCCUGGACCGGCGAUCAAGGCCGCCCUGCCGUCUCUAACCAACCCCCCUUCUCUGAGUCCAAUCCGGCGGAAGGGGAAAGAGAAGGAGGCGGGGGAGCCGCCGUCUGUGCCCGUGAGCCCCAGGAAAGGCGGCGAGGCCAGUCCAGCCUCUCGACAAUCUGAUGUCCCAGGACCCGUCACAGCAAACAAGUCCUCAUCACUGGGGAGUUUCUAUCACCUUCCUUCGUACCUCAAAUUGCACGAUGUCCUGAAAGCUACUCACGCAAACUACAAGGUCACCUUGGAUCUUCAGAGCAGCACCGAGAAGUUCGGGGGGUUUCUGCGCUCUGCCUUGGAUGUCCUCUCUCAGGUCCUGGAGCUGGCGACUCUGCAGGACAUCGGGAAGUGUGUUGAGGAGAUCCUCGGGUACCUGAAGUCCUGCUUCAGUCGGGAGCCGACGAUGGCGACUGUGUGUGUCCAGCAGUUGUUGAAGACCCUCUUUGGGACAAACUUGGCCUCCCAGUUUGAUGGCUUGUCUUCCAACCCCAGCAAGUCUCAAGGCCGAGCGCAGCGCCUUGGCUCUUCCAGCGUGAGGCCCGGCUUGUACCAUUACUGCUUCAUGGCUCCAUACACCCACUUCACCCAGGCCCUCGCCGAUGCUAGCCUGAGGAACAUGGUGCAGGCCGAGCAGGACCACGACACCUCCGGGUGGUUUGACGUGCUCCAGAAGGUGUCUACCCAGCUGAAGACAAACCUCAGCGGCGUCACGAAGAACCGUGCAGACAAGAAUGCUAUUCAUAAUCACAUUCGUUUAUUUGAGCCUCUUGUCAUAAAAGCUUUAAAACAGUACACGACCACAACCUCGGUGCAGUUACAGAAGCAGGUUUUGGAUUUGCUGGCACAGCUGGUUCAGUUGCGGGUUAAUUACUGCCUCCUGGAUUCCGAUCAGGUGUUCAUUGGAUUUGUGCUGAAGCAGUUUGAGUACAUUGAAGUUGGCCAGUUUCGGGAAUCAGAGGCGAUUAUUCCAAACAUCUUCUUCUUCCUGGUGUUGCUGUCUUACGAGCGCUAUCACUCAAAGCAGAUCAUUGGGAUCCCUAAGAUCAUCCAGCUCUGUGACGGCGUCAUGGCCAGUGGCAGGAAGGCUGCGACGCACGCCAUCCCGGCCCUGCGGCCCAUAGUCCACGACCUCUUCGUUUUAAGAGGAACCAACAAAGCUGAUGCAGGAAAAGAGCUUGAAACCCAGAAAGAGGUGGUGGUGUCCAUGUUACUGAGACUCAUCCAGUACCAUCAGGUGCUGGAGAUGUUCGUCCUGGUCCUGCAGCAGUGCCACAAGGAGAGCGAAGACAAGUGGAAGCGGCUGUCCCGGCAGGUGGCCGAUGUCAUCCUCCCGAUGCUGGCCAAGCAACAGAUGCACGUUGACUCUCACGAAGCCCUUGGAGUGUUAAACACUUUGUUUGAGAUUCUGGCCCCGUCCUCCCUCCGCCCUGUGGACAUGCUGCUGCGGAGCAUGUUUGUCACUCCAGACACACUGGCCUCUGUGAGCACCGUUCAGCUGUGGGUGUCGGGAAUCCUGGCCAUCCUAAGGGUGCUGGUCUCCCAGUCCACUGAGGACAUCGUUCUUGCCCGUGUUCAGGAGCUCGCCUUCCCUCCGUGUCUGCUCUCCUGCCCCGUCGUCAGCAGGCUGAGAGGUGGGGGCGGUGGCUCGGUGCCAGAGGAGCACAGUGAGGGAGGACAAGCGAAGAGUCCGCCAGAGGAAACGUUUUCCAGGUUCCUACUGCAGCUGGUUGGCAUCCUUUUAGAGGACAUUGUCACAAAGCAGCUAAGAGUGGAAAUGAGUGAACAGCAGCAUACUUUUUAUUGCCAGGAGCUAGGCACCCUGCUCAUGUGUCUGAUCCACAUCUUCAAGUCCGGGAUGUUCCGGAGAAUCACGGCAGCUGCCUCUAGACUCUUCACCGAGGGCACCGACGGCAGUUUCUACAGCCUGGAGCGCUUGAACGCCUGGGUGCGCUCCAUGGUCCCCACCCACCCGGCCCUCGUGCUGCUCUGGUGCCAGAUCCUGCUGCUGGUCAGCCACACCGACUACCGCUGGUGGGCGGAGGUGCAGCAGACCCCCAAGAGACGCAGCUUGUCCGGCACGAAGUCUCUCAGCCCCCUGGUGUCUGGAGAGGGGGAGGAUUCCACCUUGGCUUCCAGCCUGGGCGUGUGCAACAGAGAAAUUGUGCGGCGGGGAGCCCUCAUCCUCUUCUGCGACUAUGUUUGCCAGAACCUGCAUGACUCAGAGCACCUGACAUGGCUCAUCGUGAACCACGUUCAGGACCUGAUCACCCUGUCCCACGAGCCCCCCGUGCAGGACUUCAUCAGUGCUGUCCACCGGAAUUCCGCGGCUAGCGGCCUUUUCAUCCAGGCCAUUCAGUCUCGCUGUGAAAAUCUUUCAACUCCCACUGCUCUGAAGAAGACUCUCCAGUGCCUGGAGGGGAUCCACCUGAGCCAGUCGGGUGCUGUGCUGACACUGUACGUGGACAAGCUCCUGUGCACCCCGCUGCGUGUGCUGGCUCGCAUGGUCGACACCCUUGCUUGUCGCCGGGUAGAGAUGCUUUUGGCUGCAAAUUUGCAGAGCAGCACGGCCCAGGUGCCAGUGGAAGAACUAAACAGAAUGCAGGGAUACCUUCAGAGCAGCGGGCUGGCCCAGAGGCACCAGCGGCUCUACUCCCUGCUGGACAGGCUGCGUCUCGCCACCGCGCCAGGGUCGCGUGGCCCCGCUCCUCUGGCCACACCCCACCCGCUGGACGGGGAUGGGCCCCUGGUGCUGGAGACAGUGAGUCCAGACAAGGACUGGUACAUACGUCUGGUUAGGUCGCAGUGCUGGACACGGUCGGACUCUGCACUGCUGGAAGGGGCAGAGCUGGUGAAUCGGAUCCCGCCCAGCGACCUGAGCGCGUUCAUGAUGCACGCGGAGUUCAACCUGAGCUUGCUGGCCCCGUGCUUGGGCCUGGGCGUGCGCGAGGUCCGUGGAGGCCAGAAGAGCCCCCUGUUUGAAGCGGCCCGCAUGGCGACUCUAGACCGUGUAACAGGUGUGGUCCAGCAGCUCCCCGACUCCCACCAGGUUUUCCAGCCCUUUCUGCCCGUGGAGCCCACCACCUACUGGAGCAAGCUGGAUGAUCUCUUUGGGGACGCCACGCUGUACCGGUCCCUGACCACGCUGGCCCGGGCCCUGGCCCAGUUCCUGCUGCUCUUCCCCAAGCUGCCCGGACACUUGCACCUUCCUCCUGAGAAGGAGCGUGACACCGUGAAGUUUGUGGUCGUGACUGUCGAGGCGCUGUCCUGGCAUUUGGUCCACGAGCGGAUCCCGCUGAGUUUGGACCUGCAGGCGGGCCUGGACUGCUGCUGCCUGGCUCUGCAGCUGCCCGGCCUCUGGAGCGCCCUCUCCUCUCCGGAGAUGGUGACCCACGCCUGCUCCCUCAUCCACUGUGUGCGCUUCAUCCUGGAAGCCAUUGUGGUGCAGCCUGGGGACCAGCUUCUUGGUCCAGAAAGAAGGACUAACACCCCAAAGGCUGCCAGAGAGGACGAAGUGGACUCAGGCGCUCCGACUCCUCAGUGUGUUACUGCCGCCUGUGUGAUGGUGGCUGAGAUGGUGGAGUCCCUGCCGUCGGUGCUGGCCUUGGGUCAUGAAAGGAGCCGCAGCACCCCGGCGUUCCUCACGCCGGUGCUCCGGAACAUCGUCGUCAGCCUGGCCCGCCUGCCCCUGGUCAACAGCUACACGCGCGUCCCGCCCCUGGUGUGGAAGCUCGGAUGGUCACCCACACCAGGAGGGGAUUUUGGCACAGUGUUCCCCGAGAUCCCCGUGGAGUUCCUCCAGGAAAAGGAAGUCUUCAAAGAGUUCAUCUUCCGCGUCAAUACGCUGGGGUGGACCAGCCGCACCCAGUUUGAGGAAACAUGGGCCACCCUCCUUGGUGUGCUGGUGACUCAGCCCCUUGUGAUGGAGCAGGAGGAGAGCCCGCCGGAGGAAGACACGGAGAGGACCCAGAUCCACGUCCUGGCCGUGCAGGCCAUCACCUCCCUGGUGCUGAGCGCGAUGACUGUGCCCGUGGCCGGCAACCCAGCCGUGAGCUGCUUGGAACAGCAGCCCCGGAACAAGCCCCUGAAAGCCCUGGACACCAGGUUUGGGAGGAAGCUGAGCAUUGUCAGAGGAGCUGUGGAGCAGGAGAUCCAAGCGAUGGUGUCCAAGAGAGAGAACAUCGCCACCCACCACCCGUACCAGGCCUGGGACCCCGUGCCAUCUCUGUCCCCAGCCACCACAGGUGCCCUCAUCAGCCACGACAAGCUCCUGCUGCAGAUCAACCCCGAGCGGGAGCUGGGGAGCACGGGCUACAUGCUCGGCCAGGUGUCCAUCCACUCCGUGUGGCUGGGGAACAGCAUCACGCCACUGAGGGAGGAGGAGUGGGAUGAGGAGGAGGAAGAGGAGGCCGACACCCCGGCUCCGACAUCACCACCCACAUCUCCAGUCAACUCCAGGAAACACCGGGCUGGAGUUGACAUCCACUCCUGUUCUCAGUUUUUGCUUGAGCUGUACAGUCGUUGGAUCCUGCCGUCGGGCUCAGCCAGGAGGACGCCCGCCGUCCUGAUGAGCGAAGUGGUCCGAUCUCUUCUUGUGGUCUCAGACUUGUUCACGGAGCGCAACCAGUUUGAGAUGAUGUAUCUGACGCUCUCAGAGCUGCGGAGGGUGCACCCUUCCGAAGACGAGAUUCUCCUUCAGUACCUUGUGCCCGCCACCUGUAAGGCUGCCGCCGUCCUUGGGAUGGACAAGGCUGUGGCAGAGCCAGUCGGCCGGCUGCUGGAGAGCGCACUGAGGAGCAGUCACCUGCCCAGCAGGGUGGGAGCCCUGCACGGUGUCCUCUACGUGCUGGAGUGUGACCUCCUGGAUGACACCGCCAAGCAGCUUAUCCCCGUCGUCAGCGACUACCUCCUCUCCAGCCUCAAGGGCAUCGCCCACUGCGUGAACACCCACAGCCAGCAGCACGUGCUGGUGAUGUGCGCCACUGCCUUCUACCUGAUUGAGAACUAUCCUCUGGACGUCGGGCCAGAGUUCUCUGCAUCCAUAAUCCAGAUGUGUGGGGUGAUGCUGUCCGGAAGCGAGGAGUCCACUCCGUCCAUCAUCUACCACUGCGUCCUGAGGGGCCUAGAGCGCCUCCUGCUCUCCGAGCAGCUCUCCCGGCUGGACGCAGAGUCCCUGGUCAAGCUGAGCGUGGACAGAGUGAACGUGCACAGCCCGCACCGGGCCAUGGCGGCCCUGGGCCUGAUGCUCACCUGCAUGUACACCGGAAAGGAGAAGGCUAGUCCAGGCAGAAGCUCAGGGCCCGGCGCCGCCGCCGCCCCCGACAGCGAGUCUGUGAUUGUGGCCAUGGAGCGCGUGUCUGUCCUCUUCGAUAGGAUCAGGAAAGGGUUCCCCUGUGAAGCCAGGGUGGUGGCACGGAUCCUCCCCCAGUUUCUCGACGACUUCUUCCCACCCCAGGACGUCAUGAACAAGGUCAUUGGAGAGUUCCUAUCCAACCAGCAGCCAUACCCACAGUUCAUGGCCACUGUGGUGCACCAGGUGUUCCAGACGCUGCACAGCACGGGGCAGUCGUCCAUGGUCCGGGACUGGGUCAUGCUGUCCCUCUCCAACUUCACGCAGAGGACCCCGGUCGCCAUGGCCGUGUGGAGCCUCUCCUGCUUCUUCGUCAGUGCUUCCACCAGCCCGUGGGUUUCAGCGAUCCUUCCCCACGUGGUCAGCAGAAUGGGCAAGCUGGAGCGGGUGGACGUGAACCUCUUCUGCCUGGUGGCCGCGGACUUCUACAGACACCAGAUAGAGGAGGAGCUGGACCGCAGGGCCUUCCAGUCUGUGUUUGAGGUGGUGGCGGCACCAGGAAACCCAUAUCAGCGACUGCUGACUUGUUUGCAGAAUGUCCACAAGGUUGCCACGCACUGAAUGCCCACGGAGUGGCAGCAGGGUGGCGCCAGGACCUCUGGGACCUGUCUGCGCUGGGUGGCUUGGCGCCGUGCGCUUCCCUCUGCCACCCAGGGCGCCGGGCCGCGCCCGCUCUGCCAGGGCCAUGAGGCCGUGUGAGGGUACACGUGCAGUGAUCUUUGGGGUCGAGCCUGAGUCUUCACGGGAGCAAGAGCAGCCGUGUUGCUAACCCUUCACGCUAGAGCUAAUGUCAGACGCCAGUUAACCAGGUGUUUACCCUCUUCCUAGUGUUCAGCCUGCCCGUGUCGCCAGGUUGCAGCUGCUCCUGCCUCUGCUCAGAGUCCUGGCAGGCUGGCCCUUGGCCCCUCUGCUGUCCCGCAGGCGGGAGGUGAUGCCAUCGGGCUUUUGAGAGCCUCUCCUUGUGCCCCCCAGCGAGGCCGGGAGCUGGGGUCUUGGCGCUCCGGCGUCUGGACUUGACGCCAUGGUGUGGGCCAGGUGGGCGGCUGGGAGCACGACACCCCUCGCCGUACCUCCCUGUCUCCAUUUUCUUCUCAGGAUUUAAAAUUUAAUUAUAUCAGUAAAGAGAUUAAUUUUAAGGUAACUUUC